AUUUUUUUUUUAAAAUGUCAACUCUUUGCAGACCUUUCUUGGAUUAUUCAUGUCUCAGUAGCUGAGGCCUUGGCGAAUUCUCUAAGAAGGGUGAGCAGGUUUGGUUGAGAAAGGAAAUAAUGGAUGAGUUAAAAGAGGGAAAUUGUUCAGAAGAUUAUGCUAUGCAAGUCAUAGGGAAGUUCUUGAGUUAUGCUUCAAGGGGAGACAGAGUUGGACUCAACCUCAUGUUGAUUAAAGGCAUACCUCCCAAUGUUCAAGACUAUGACAAUAGGACUGCACUCCACCUUGCUGCCAGUGAGGGCCACGCCCCCAUUGUUGAGCUUCUUCUGCACCAUAAGGCUAAUGUUAAUCUCAUUGAUCGAUGGCAAAGGACUCCUCUAACAGAUGCAAGGCUGUAUGGACACCGAGAUAUCUGCAGGAUCUUGGAAGUGAAUGGGGGAAAGGAUUUUUUUGAUGACCAACAAAUGACUGUUCGACAAGAAGAUCUAAAUGAAGUGAACUUUGACAUUUCAGAAAUAGAUUCAGAGGAUCCAUCUCCAAUUGACCAGGGUAAAUUUGGUGAAUCUGUGAAGGUCAAAUGGCGAGGAACUUGGGUUGUUAAAACUGUUAUAAAGAGACAAAUAAAGUGUCAUUUUUUGGAGAUGGUUCUAUUCAAUAAGGAUAGUACUCGUCUAAGGGAACUAAGACAUCCCAAUAUUUUGCAAUUUCUUGGUUCAAUUGAGGAGGAUGAGCAGAUGAUUCUGAUUACGGAGUAUCUAUCAAUAGGUAAUCUCGAAGAUAUAUUAAAGAAACGGUUUCGACUUGACCUUCCAACUGCAGUGCGCUAUGCACUUGAUAUUGCUAGGGGAAUGAAUUACCUCCAUCAGCACAAGCCCCAUCCUAUAGUUCACAAUCAGUUGGAUACCAAAAAUCUGUUGAUAGAUGAAGGUGAUCACUUAAAGAUUGGCGAGUAUUGGAUUAGAAUGUUGUAUGAACAAAUAAACCCAAUUGAAGACAAUUCCCAAGGUAGGGAUGGUCAAAAUCUGCUUAAUCCUGCAUCAAGUGACACCAAAAAAGAUGUAUUUUCCUUUGGUUACAUAUUUUAUCGGAUGCUAGAAGGUAGGAACUUUCAAGAAAAAUCACACUUUGACUUGAUAAGUCUUGAAGCUGGUGAUUUCAAACCGAAGUUUCUCAUAAACCGAUAUUCUGAUAGAAUCAAAGAAUUGAUAGAGUGGUGCACAAGAAAGGAUCCAAUUCAGAGGCCUUCAUUUGACACUAUUAUUACAAUUCUUGAAGAGGAAACUAUGUGGCUAAAAAGUCUUGGAUGUCCUGUUCCUUGUUAAUUAAGCAAAAAUAUCAUGCCAAUAAGCCACAUAUUGUAAUGGGCAUUAUUCUCUCUGCUAAACAUUAUGUGCAAUAUUUAUAAAUAUGUUUACAUUCUCUUGUUUUCUUUCCAUUAAAGGGUACUUUAUA